UUAAUAUUCGGUGAAAGGCGCUGGAUGUAUUCAUUGAACGGGAAAGAGUUUUGUUGCAUCUGUAGUGUAUCUUUAUUAACGCGAAGUGGAAAACUACAAAAAUUAUUAUUAUUGGUCCGUGUAAUGCACAGGCGGACAAAUAGCUGAUUGUGAGUGACGACUUAAAAGCGUGAUGAUGCGUGUUUAAAUAAGUCUUACGGUUUACCAGUCGUGACGGCUGGCGCUGAUUACCCAAUCUAACCAGCUGACGAAAUGGAACACUGCCGCAGAAGGCAGUGUAAAUCAUCGUAAGGUCGCAGAUGUUGUCGUCGUUGUCGAAAGACUUUUGUUCUAAUGAUGUGUCGCUACAACACCCAGAUGGCUCUACCGGCACGUAAGCUUAGAGAAUCUAGGCGUGACCUUGAGGCGUGAUAUUGGUGCGCUGAGAAUACUUCGAUGUCAAAGUCUGUCGGCCGUCAGAGUCGGCUGAUUCGAUCGUAGGAUAAGAGUGCUCCCUAGAAUCCGGGCAGUCGUUUGAGGCAGGGAGAGGGCGGAACUACCAGUACGCUCUAUAGGGAGAAACAAGGAACUAAGUGUAGUGCACAGGACAGCCGUUUCAGGAUGCAGGCACGGCAGUUCAGCAUGAUAUCCUGCAGAAGUCGACAGCGGUGUUUUGUGCUGACAAUGUGUCCGAGGGAAGUAGUGCUUGGUGGUGUUAUCCUACUGUUCACGAUGCUUAUGGCACCCUGUACUCUUACGGCAAAUAAGGCUCCCGAACUCAGCGGGCUCGUAGAUGAGUGCGACUGUAAUGUAAACGAUCUCGCUCACUUUAACUCAUUUAGAAUCUAUCCACAGAUUCAGAGCAUCGUGCGGAAGGAUUACUUUAGAUACUUCAAGGUGGAUCUUUCUAAGGAAUGUCCCUAUUGGCACGACGACGCGACGUGUGCCUUAAAAGAUUGCUCAGUAGAGACUUGCGACGCGGAGGAUAUUCCGUUUGUCGUCGCAGAAAAACUGCGGCUAGGCUCUGGAUCCGACGAGGUUGAAGACGAGGCACCGCUGGAGACCAGCCAGCCUCAAACGGAGCCUCCUGAGGAAGCAGGUGAGGCAUUAAGAGAGCUACCAUAUUAUGAGCGAGCACGCACUGAAGGAAUGACACCAUCGGCAUUAAUCCAGGCUGACGCGACCUCACCUCCUGCAGUAGAGAAGACGGAAACCUCAACAACCAACGUGCACCCUACGACAAUAACAACUACACGAGGUCAGAUCACAAUGGCCACCACUGUACAACCCACUGCUGUCGAAAGCGCCCGGCACGCGUCAGAGGAACGAAAUGGCACCGCAAGCUCAGCAAUUCGAAAUUCUGUCAAAGAUUUCGUAGGAGAUACCGAAAGCGAAAAAAACGAACGCGAUAAUCAGGCAUCGUGUAAAGGACACAAUCGGACCUUAGGGAAAAUUAACAUAACCAUCUCAGAAGAAAGUCUUAAAGAAUUCGAACGAUGGCGAAAGCACGAUGCCAGCCUGCAGGCCUUUUGUGUCUUCGAUGAUGAAAACUCAUUAAACGCCUCGUACGUUGAUCUCCUUCUAAAUCCCGAACGGUUCACUGGUUAUGCAGGCCCCUCGGCAAACCGCGUCUGGAAAUCGAUUUAUGAAGAGAACUGCUUUAAAAGUCCACAGGGCAGCCCUCUUGACCUGAAUCAGAUGUGCCUCGAGAAGCGUGUAUUCUACCGGGUCAUUUCGGGUUUACAUUCGUCGAUCAAUAUACACCUAUGCGCGGAAUACUAUCUGCCCAAAAUGGGCCGUUUUAUUGUGCCUGGUGAGCCCAUGUGGGGACCAAACGUCAAUGAAUUCAACACGCGUUUCUCUUCGGCGUCAACCGAUGGUGAAGGCCCUCGUCGUUUAAAGAAUCUCUACUUCCUAUAUUUACUUGAAAUGCGUGCAAUUCAUAAGGCUUCGUCAUUUCUUCGCAAGGCUCCGUUCUACACAUCGAAUCCAGAAGAUACCUUUGAAACAGCGGAAGCCAUCAACGGAUUUCUGGAAACCGUCGGUGAGUUUCCGUCGCACUUCAACGAAGGCCAAAUGUUCGUCGGCACUUGUCAGGAGACCUUAAGACUUAAGGAGGAAUUCCGGCUGCAUUUUCUAAACAUCUCAACAAUAAUGGAUUGUGUCGGUUGUGAGAAAUGCCGUCUUUGGGGAAAACUACAGACGCAAGGAUUGGGAACCGCGUUGAAGAUCCUUUUCUCCGAUGAAGGUCUUGAACUGACCCGAACAGAGAUUGUCACUUUGUUUAAUUCGUUUGCUAGACUGAGCAACAGUCUUGUUCAACUUGGAAACUUCUACAGAUUAUCGAAAGAAGUGCCUGAUAUAAAUAAGGCUGGAAAAAGCUUUGAUUCAGUGUUCUCUAGACAAAAAAUUGAGUUGUAGUCAGGAAAGCGGCCGCUAGCAAUCCCAAAGCCUGGAUAUGCAGGAAAACGGCCGCUAGCAAUCCCAAAGCCUGGAUAUGCCAAUGUCCUUCGCUUUGCUGAAGUUACGUCUUUAAAACGAGGUGAUUGGAUUCUGGUAUUACAAAUUAUAGGCGGACUAACUGGUUAAUGACUGGUCGCCGACUGCACAAUGCAGUAGUAGUGUAUACCGCAAAAUCUACUCUUAACGAAGUUUCUUUUCAAAAUUAGUCAAUACGAGGAAUUAUUCGACGGAGAAUCGUAAAGAGUCCUCAUAUCAACCACGCUAGUGCUCCACGCUAGAGGGCAGCUGAGGGUCAACUCAGUUUUACUGGUGCUCUUUCUGCACGAAUGAAGAUCAUCAUCAACUUGUGAUUUUCUAUAAUAAUGCUGAUUUGAUCAAAAACUGAUCUAUAACAGCAGAGUGAUUAUUAUCACACUGAAUCAUGCAUACAACAUAGGCAGAGAUAGCUUACAAUCUGAUAAUAUUUGGCGGAGCAUUUAGGGUAAUUGUAGCGUGACGAUGGGAGCUGCGUAUGGUGGGUUCCUCCAUUUUGGCAGAAAACAAAGAAGUGUACUCGACUGUAUAAAUGUGAAUAAAAUAAAUCUAGAUUCAUUAUUAUAUUUAUGGCAAUAGAUGGAGAAAAGCAUAUAUAUGUUAAAUAGAAUUAAAUAUAUACAACUGUUUUAGUACGUUUACAGUUCAUUUAUACAACUUCUCUUGUGAAUACGGUGACUGUCAACAGUCGGCGCUUGGGGCGACCAAUAAAAUCUGAGGGUGUAUUUUCUGCUAGAAUUUGGUGUUCUCAAUCACCGAGCAUAUUGAAUUGUACUAGUUUACAUAGGGCAUAUAGCAUGUCACGUUCACACUUGAUCUUGCAAGCUGGUUGUACGUAAAGCUAAUGAGUUCGGAAGGACAGCAUAUCAUUUGAACGUUUCAGUGAUCAGCAAUUGUCCGUUGCUCAAAUUGUUCACGUAUUUAGAAAAAAAAAAACAGGAUUUAGAAAAAAAAACAAGUAAUCACAUAUUUAUUCCAUGGUACCGUACUCGUAAGUACGCUGUGUUGUGCUUCGCUGCAAAGGAACGAGCGACUAUACUUCUAGAAAUCAGGUUACUGCAACUAUCUGAGGUCGGUGGUUGUUUUCAAGGGUAUUGCCCUCUUGUCGCCCGACAUGGAAAACAGCUUUUCUAUGUUCGAUGGAUUAGUAGAUUGAAUGUAUGACAUCUAAACGAGCUGAGAUGUAAGGUUAGACACACAGCAUUACAAUUACGGUGCGGCGUCUGGCUGACGGUAACGUGCGAACUGCGUUGGUUUUUACUAUGGCGUUAGACUAACUCUAUUACUAGUAAUAUUCCGAGGUACUUUUCUAUUCUAAACGCCAGAAACCAAGUACAUGCUUCUCUGAAGUGGAGCCUAUCGCGUGAGCUGAGCUAGUGUUUAGUAUGUGUCAAAGUUUCUUUUGUAUUUCCAACCUUGAAGGUGGAAAGUCAUAAUUCCUAUUCUGUUCGAUAUCUACGGGAAUCUCUAUAAACGUAAUAAAUGGAUGUGUAGGGAAAUACUCCAAAUGUUAACUGCGAGAGUUCAACUAAGAAAGGGACAAAAAGCAGCCGACUCAAUUUCCCGGAGACUUCGAGGAGGCAAAAUUUUGAAGGCACCUGGUGACAGUGAGCCCUAUUUCACUAAUCAGCUAUAAAACCUUGUAACAGACACAAUCGAUUUGUGCGUUUCGAACUGCAGAAUUCUAACAAAUGAUUCUUCGAAACGAUCGCUCAAAGGGUAGAGUUUACGAUAUACGCGCACCCAUGUACAUUUUCAAUGUCGCGCUCUGAACCUGAAGUCUCUAGCCUUCUCAAAAGGGAAUUGAAUAGCCCAAGAAAAAUUAUGGAAAAGUACCGUUUUCGGUUCAACUUCGGUGUUACAUAUUGUAUUCAUUCAAUUUAAGAUAACAGCUCAGUUGGUUCUUCCUAUUUCAAGUGGAUCCGAGGCCUUUGCACUUUAUAUAUGUGAGGGCAUGCAAGCAAACGAACCACUGAUCAAUAAUAUAAUAUGAGAUGUCUUACACGGACAGUGUGCUCUGUUGUCAACCGAAAGUCGUAUCCGAAAACAUCGACUUUUUGAGAUCGCAUUUGCCAGAGAACAACGCUAACCGAUCAAGGAGAAAGCAGAACCUUUAGUUGUCACUAGUCGUAUAUAUUACCGGUACAUCCGGUAUAGUAAAUAGAACAAUACACUUGGGGAACAUACAAUAGCAGACAUGCAAAUCAAAUUUAACAACACAAACACGUUAGGAAGCAUAGGGUCUCCUCCAUACAGAAUUGUAUAUGGAGGCCGACCAAGAUAAAGUUACCUAUCCUGUUCAAAUCGCUAUAAUGAGGGUGCCCUGAUAAAAAUCGAUCAGCCCUUAUGCUCCCACCUCCGGCAAAAGUGAAAGAACGAAUUGAGAUAGAAGUCGAACAAAGGAUAUGGCAGCUUCGAAAGUCAAGAGAUAUAGCUUUUUCACAGUAUCAUGUAAACUGAUGGUGAAUAGUAAAUAAGUGUGUGAUUCGAGAUAUUGAAUCACAAAAUCCGCUCGGUGUUGCGUUCAAUCUAUCUAGUCUUCUGGGUUUUCACGCAGUUGAGAAUGAUCAUGCAAACAGUCAACCAUAGUGGACCAAUAACAGCAGCUUACCAGCUGAGAGCUCUAAUGGACGAGCGCUCACGAGCAAAUGACUGGUAGACAAAAAACAGCUAUGUUCU